AUGACGACCAAGUUGAAUUAUGAAAAUUAUUCUCAUCAAACUGUUCGUGAUGAUUAUGAAAAAGAUAACGGGAAAGAAACAACGAUAGACUCGGAUCCUUACUCUGACUUGUUUCAUGAAUACGAGGAAGAGCCUUUAAGGUCGGAAGCCUUCAAUACUUUCCGAAAGGAAAGAAGCAAUCCUUUUCAGGCGUUCCUAGAACAGAGAGAGAAGAAAUUACAACAAUCUAAAUUAACAACCAAUUCACAGCUCUAUCCCAGAUCAAAGCCGAGCGACUCAUCAAAAAACAACGCUGUGGAUGAUCAUCAUUACUUUAAAUCUUUAACUCAACACAAGCCAUCCAAAGGACUGGAUGACUCCUUCAUUGCAGAAUCGGAAAGCUUUUUGGAGGAGAUGAACAAUUUACAAAAGAUGACACUCGAUGUUAAGACUGUAGACAAGAGAAAGUCAACAGUUUCUAAACUUAACGACGAUCUUCGAAGAAAAACAACGCAAAAAGUUUCCCAUUCGGAAGAACCAGCUGCUGGCAACUUUCUUCAACAACAUGCAACUAAUACGGAGUUUUCAUCAUCAACAUUUCAAAUGUUCAACUUUUCCAACCAAGAGGAGCCUUAUUAUGAGACCUCGUUUAAAAAACAAUUAGAAGCUCGAAUACGAGCAAGAAACGACACACAUCGAUUAAUGCGAAAAGGACAGAAAGAAGAGGAGUCUCAAACGAAGAACUAUUUUAAGCCAGAUGAUCUUCGCAAAAUAAUUGCUGCUAGUGUCAAGAAACCGGAGAAAGAAGACAACACACCUAAGGCUUUUUGUCUUGCAGGGUUAUUGGACGAUGUAGGGGAAAAACAAGGAAAUCCUCCUCAAAAGAGCAACCACUCGAAUGGUUCAAACCGAUUUUCAAAAUCCAUGCUGCAAGAGAAAUCCAGUGUUUCUAAAAGUCUCGAUCUAUCAAAGUCAAGCAAGAACUCGUCCACAGAUGGAAGCAGUGCUAGCAGGUCCUCUAGUGCUAAAAAAGUUCGUUUUAAUCCGCAAGGAAAGUCACAAAACAAUGAGAGAAGCAAGUCUUUAUCGAAGAAAGAAGGACCAACAGAAAACUCAUCUAAAAAGAUUUCAUCUUCCGUAACAAGUUCCAAACCCUCCACAUCUAAUGCAAAACAAACAUCUCAACCACCUCAAAAGGGAUCGCUGAGAGAACUCCUUGCCCAAAGGAAAGGUGUUUCCUUAGACCAAUAUACUUCAAAGCCACCACCUCCAUCCACUACUAUCGUAAUACCACAUCGAUUCCUAAAUCCAACAACUACUCUCAAGAUAUCCCAAGACCUCACACCUCUCUAG